AUGUCGGAUCACAGCAACAACACCAAUGAAGACCCAGCGUCGUCGGAGGGUCGGCGUCCUACAUCUUCGAACCGAGCCAACAGCUCGUCCCAGCAUCGGUCAGAGGACGAAGACCAAGACAAUGCACAUACGCCGCCAUCACCGUCGGCAUUCAUUUGGGGGGGUCCACGACAUGCAGUCUCUUUACCAGCCAGCAACCCACCUAGGCCAAACAGUGAUCGCAGGGGUGAUAUCUCCUUAACAUCAGCACCGAAUAGACGAACGGGAGGUAAUUCAUCUUCGGCAACGGGGGCAUAUUCUUCAUCAUCCACCCUAGCCUAUAACCCACAAAUGUCGCAGCACAAUGCACGUCCAGCCAACUACCAACAUGGGCCAAACAGCGAUUACAGGGGUGAUAUCUUUUUGCCAUCAGCACAGGACAGAAGAACGGAAGGUGAUCUAUCUUCGGCGAUGGGAGCAUGUUCUUUAUCAUCCACCCAAGCCCAUAGCCCACGAAUGUCACAGCACAAUACACACACAAGAAUGGAUCACCCUGCUUCAUCAUCCACGGGACCGAGCUCGCUGCCUGCAGAAAAUGGAAGAGCCUCGAGGCCAUAUUCUCCCGAAGGCAGACAAUCAAAGAGACAGCGGAGAGAGCUGGACGAUAAUGUGGGCUCUGCGGAAUUAAAUACGGAGACAAACAAGAGUUCCCCAGACCGCCAGCAGAGAGCGAAAGUCACAACUCCCGGUGUCGGUAGCUCCAUCGCUUUCCGCCCUAUUAACAAGGCUUGGAAUUCUCAACCCGUACCGGCUUCUUCCGACUCAUACCCCAGUGUCGGUAGCUCCAUCGCUUUCCGCCCUAUUAACAAGGCUUCGAAUUCUCAACCCGUACCGGCUCCUUCCGAAUCAUACGCUCAAGCUGCAAAUAAUCGGGUGUCAAAAAGGGUGAGGCCAAACAAACAGUCAAGCAGCCGAGGCGUACCAGGUCGGAAAAGGGUUUUCUGGAGAGCCCACAAAUAUGCAGAUUCAGGACGUUGUACGACAUGUGGGGAGUUGCUUCCAAGCAAUAAUUCCUCCUCCCCGCGGUGUGACGAGUGUAGGCGAAAGGACAGGGAAAAAGGGCAGGCCAAAAGGGCUAAAGGAACCGAAGAGAGCGGUCAAAAGAGGAAGAGAAGGCCAAAGAGGAUGCUGCCGGCACAGAGGUGGCAGGAUCUGACGCCUCCAACUCGGAAUCGGAGGGUGCGCAAGACGAUGCAGAUGGAAUGGAGUUCUCAGAAUGGGGGUCUACAAAUGAUGGAGAGGAUGACUCUGAUAUGGAUGGAGCUGCACAGGAGCAGCUGGUUAGCGUAUGAUCUAGGACAUGGACUGCGGGACGAAGAGUGCUAG